AUGGGACUGGAAGAACAAAACGAAGAACGAGAAGUUCUCGACUCCAUUUUCCCAGACGAAAUCACAGAUGUCUCAGACAACUCGUUCCGGAUAUCAAUAACGCUCGAUGUUCCCGACGACGGGAGCGCCGAGGCCAGCGACCCUCCUACCAUCGUGCUCAACGUCACCUAUCCCGAAGCCUAUCCAGAUGUCGCGCCCCAUCUGGACAUCACGGCUCCUCCGAACGCACCCAAACAUCCGCAAUUCGAUAUAUCGGUGGACAAGCCUCAGUUACUGGACGCGCUACAGCCUACGAUCGAGGAUUCUCUCGGCAUGGCCAUGGUCUACACAUUGGUGACGACGUUGAAAGAGGCAGCUGAGGUGUUGAUCUCAGACCGACUUCGACAAGCGGAGGAGGUCAAGGAGGUUGAGGUGCGCAAGAAAGAGGAGGAAGAGAACCGAAAAUUCCACGGAACCUUGGUCACGAGGGAGCGGUUUCUGGAGUGGAGAGAGAAAUUCCGGAAGGAAAUGGAGGAGAAGGAACGGAAGCAGAGAGAGGAAGAAGAGGCGGAAGAGAAGAAAAAGAGAGGGGUGAAGGUCGAAGAGAAGAAAUUGACGGGCAGACAACUCUGGGAGAGAGGUCUGGUUGGGAAGAUCGAUGAGGACGAUCUGGACGGCGACGAUGCAGUGGCCGGGAUCGAAAAACUCAAGGUCGAGGCUUGA